UUUCAAUCAAUUUUUCGUGUUAUGUUAUGGCUCCAUCAAGGUGUUGAUGAUUCUGCCAAUGUCGAUGUGAGAAUUUAAAAAAACGUUCAAAGCCGGAUCGCAUAAACGCUGAAGAGUUGGUAUUAUUUACACAAAACCAUUAGAUUAAACAGCUAUGGGUUAUAGAUUUCACCCUAUCCGUACCCAGUCCAUACAAUCAGGCCCGCGAAAAGGAAUCUGGAGAGACGAAGGUCUGGCCUAGACUUUGUUAUAAGUUUUGAAACCCCUAUAAAGAAUUGAAUAUAAAAUUAGUGCAGGAGCUAUAUGCUAUGAGAUCUACGAAGAAUGUACCCUGCUCGAAUAAUAAAUACCCCUCAACAUCUCCCGAUCUUGUCUCGAAGUAAACAUGGGGACGAGAGAAGGACAAAUAUACAUGAUUCCGAUACGUGUGACAGGGGCAGAUGCGACCAUAGCCCCGCCCAUGGCACUUGAGUCCGCUUGGAUUGGCUUCGCCUCGAACGCCAUCAGUCUUCCACGGUUAGCCCACAAUACAAGUCUAUUAGUGACCCACUAAGUGAUGGAGGUAUUUGAACAACACAACGAGAUCUCUACAUCUUUCAACAACAACAACAUCAAGCACAACUACAAUGAAUGCAAAGAAUUCUACAAUAGCUACAUUGAUAUCGAGGACAAGAAAGAUUUUCUAGAGAAGACUUAUAGACCGAAAUUAGAAGACACAGCGCAUUUGAACACGCCGUUUUCCGUCAAAGAUAUACUUAACAUCAACCAGACGAACAUAUACAACUACGAGAGGACUGAAACUUGGAAGAACGAACGACGCUACGAAUAUAUGUACCAGCCUCAAACGUGCCCUGAAUACUUCGGACAGAUGUAUCCAAAUAUCCCUAUGCAUACAAACAUAGAGCCUUAUUGGAGCGAGCCGUACCACGACCCGAAGAUGGAAGAAUAUUACAGCUACAACCCUUACUGCCAUAACGUUUGUCAAAGCUUUGAUCAGUAUGUCCUGCCUCAUGUAGAAUCUUCAACAGAACCUCAAAGAGAACUUCAUACGCCGACGUCACAAUUUCAAGACAGAUUUGCUGAGAAGACUGUGCCACCUGUUGAGGAUCCACCGCAAUAUCCUGCCAUGGAGACGUUUGAGAAGCUGCCGGCAGUGUCCAGGAGAAAUUCAAAAACUCCGACAAGUCCAUGCUCAGACAAGACGGACAGAAAAGACAAACGAGCCAAAAGAAAACCACGGAUCCUGUUUUCCCAAACGCAGGUCCACGAGCUUGAGAAACGCUUCAACGCCCAAAGAUACCUCUCAGCACCUGAACGAGAAGAAAUGGCCAAGUACUUACACCUGUCACCCACGCAAGUCAAGAUUUGGUUCCAGAACAGACGAUACAAAAGUAAAAGGAUUAAACCUGAUGAAGUAAGCACCUCUACUGAUGCGAAACCAAACAAGAAUACAGGCAGAAAGUUCUUCAAACCAGAAACUAAAGAAAAAGAAGACAUAAGCUUUGAUACCUUUAAAUCUAUCGCUGAUACGUAUGAAAAAGACGAAUCAUUAACUUCUACAAAUUAUUUCGAAGAUACCUUCCCAUACGAAGAGAACCAAGACAAGUUUUUUAGAGAAAAAACUGAUGAAAAAGUUAGUUCAAAUGUGGGAAUGUACUAUGUUAACCAUUCAUACGAAAUGCCUAAAGAAUAUAACGAAACGCCGGAAGUUAAAAAGUAUUUUUCUAAAAUACAAUUUGUUGAUAAUUUUUAACGUGAAAUUAGUUUUUUAGUGCUUAUAAGUAAGUUUUAUUGUUUCGACUGUUAUGAUUUGAUAUAUUCUAGGUUUUUUUAUAGGUAUUGUUUUUUAAGUUGUUUUUUGUAGGCGUAAUAGUUUUAUACCUACGUCUACAUUUUUAGUUUUGACUGUCAUUAGUUAUUUACGUCUUGCCUUAAAAUGUGCCAUUUUAGACUGAAUACCAAAGUAUUACAAGUAUUUUGUUAUCAUGUACUUAAUUUUGAUUAUAUCUUGUGCGUUUAUGCGCGAUAAUUCGUGUAAAAUAUUAAAAUAAGUAUUAUUAAGUUGUUUUUGUAUUGUUUAAAGUUGACAGUACUUAGUUAUUAGAGAGUAACAGACUCAUGCCAAAGUAUUAGAUAUAUUUGUAAAUAGAUAAAUCACUAUUAAAUAAAAUGUUUCAUUGAAUUUUCGUUUCGUUUUGUUUAAAAGAAAAUAAAAAUGGAAUAAGUAAGUAAAAAACAUACUUAAUCAUUCCAUCCUGUAAAAAAAUGAUAAGGAGCAAGGGUAGAUAGUAAAUUAGCCUAGCCAUACCUAUAAAAAAAAACCGGCCAAGUACGAGUCGGACUCGCGCACCGAGGGUUCCGUUCAAACCUGUA